CGAGAGCUCCUUGAUGUUGUGGAUAAUAAUGAGUCAGCAGUGAUUGUCGCCCCAACGUCCUCAGGCAAAACCUAUGCUUCCUACUAUUGCAUGGAGAAGGUGCUGAAGGAGAGCAGUGAAGGGGUGGUUGUGUAUGUUGCACCAACAAAGGCCCUUGUUAAUCAAGUGGCAGCAACUGUUCAGAACCGUUUUACCAAAAGUCUGCCAAAUGGUGAAGCUCUAUGUGGUGUUUUUACAAGGGACUAUCGUCACGAUGCCCUAAACUGUCAGGUACUUAUUACAGUGCCUGCCUGCUUUGAAAUUCUGCUAUUAGCUCCUCAUCGCCAAACAUGGGUGAAAAGGAUCAGAUAUGUUAUAUUUGAUGAGGUCCAUUGUCUUGGCGGAGAAAUUGGAGCAGAAGUCUGGGAGCAUCUCCUUGUCAUGAUCCGAUGUCCCUUUUUGGCUCUUUCAGCUACCAUAAGUAACCCUCAGCAUCUCACUGAGUGGCUACAAUCAGUAAAACACUACUGGAAACAAGAAAACCAUACAAUGGGAAAAAAUAUUGCUUUUAAAAGAGAUGCUGGCUGUUGUGCCAAUUCUCCCAAAGAUUACUUCCGAAUAAAGGAAUCGUAUAAAGUUAGACUUGUGCUCUAUGGAGAGAGAUACAAUGAUUUAGAGAAGCAUAUAUGUUCGAUAAAACAUAAUGACAUCUAUUUUGAUCAUUUUCACCCAUGUGCCGCACUAACAACAGAUCAU